CCUUGUUUUUGACAUUUUCCAGACGGAUUUACAAGUAAUAGAGGAGAGCAACCGGAAUAAAAAAUGUUGAAUACCGCUGGCUGGGACCCUCUCCACGUUGCCAACUAUGUUACAGAAUAUUUAGACUUGGUUGAGUCGUUGCCUUUCGACCUACAAAGAAAUGUAUCUCUCAUGAGAGAAAUUGAUGCUAAAUAUCAAGAGAUCCUCAAAGAGUUAGACGAGGCUUAUGAGAGACACAGACAAGAGGAAGAUCCAGUCCAGAGGAGGCGUUUGCUGCACUGCAUUCAGAGAGCUCUGAUCCGCAGCCAGGAGCUGGGCGAUGAGAAGAUCCAACUGGCCAGUCAGAUGGUGGAGCUGGUGGAGAACCGCAGUCGGCAGGUGGACAGCUUGGCCGAACUGCUGGAGGGACGACGCGAAACCCACGAGACCAUGGCCACCACCACCUCCGCCAUCGUAAUGGGUAAGAGAAGAGAGGACGACAAGCGUCGAGAGGAGGCGCUGAGCUCCACCGAGAGGUUGUCGGGGGCCAACAAGCGCUCCCGGCGACAGAAAAACCACAGCAGCGAGAACAGGGAGAAUUCGUCCGCCGGUCACCACGAGGAAACCAUCACUGUUACAGUCAGAGAGAAAAGGGCCAAGACCUCCAAGAAGAAGAAGAGGUCGAAGGCGAAGGCGGAGAGGGAGGCGUCCCCAGCCGACCUGCCCAUCGACCCCAACGAACCCACCUACUGCCUGUGUGAGCAAGUGUCCUAUGGUGAGAUGAUUGGCUGCGACAACGACGAAUGCCCAAUCGAGUGGUUCCACUUUUCAUGCGUAGGGCUGAACCACAAACCCAAAGGGAAGUGGUACUGUCCAAAAUGCAGGGGUGAGACUGAGAAAACCAUGGACAAAGCCUUGGAAAAAUCCAAGAGGGAAAGGGCCUAUAACAGGUAGCUGUAUACCUGGUGUACUCUACAGAGUUGUUUUUAUUUAUGUCACGUAAUCAUGUUUAUUUCUAUACCUUUUUUUUCCCCCGUGUUUGUUUCAUCCUUCGAAGGACCUGAUUCAUGUUUGGAAUAUUGUAUUUUAUGUUCGAUUCAUAACCUCUACCCCCACUAAUGAUGUCACAGUGAGAAAUUUUACAAUAUCGUCAUCCAGCUCCAGAGAAUCAGCAGGUAUUAACGAAGGCGAUAAUGCGAUUCACUUCAUGACGUCAUUUUCUACAAAAAAUAUUACCCUGACAAACCCACUUACUGUCAAGGCAUGCUCUAAUGCCACAUCAGUUGUAUUCUUAAAUAACGUUUUUAAGU